GGACGCCUUUAUAAGCGCCGUCACAACGAGUUUUAGUAUCAUUACAGUUUGCGUUCUUGUGCUGUGUGUUGGAUACAUCGCGAGACCUCCCAAACCAACAAACAAAAAAGACUUAAUUUAUUUAUUUAAUUUUUAGUAACUUAACAAACAAAAAACAAACAAAAUGUGUGACGAAGAAGUUGCUGCCUUAGUUGUUGAUAACGGUUCCGGUAUGUGCAAGGCCGGUUUCGCUGGUGAUGAUGCUCCCCGUGCCGUAUUCCCCUCAAUUGUCGGCCGUCCCCGUCAUCAAGGUGUCAUGGUUGGUAUGGGACAAAAGGACUCGUAUGUCGGUGAUGAAGCCCAAAGCAAACGUGGUAUCCUCACAUUGAAAUACCCCAUUGAACACGGUAUUGUCACCAACUGGGACGAUAUGGAAAAGAUCUGGCAUCACACCUUCUACAAUGAAUUGCGUGUCGCCCCCGAAGAACAUCCCGUCUUGUUGACUGAAGCCCCAUUGAAUCCCAAGGCUAAUCGCGAGAAGAUGACACAAAUUAUGUUUGAAACCUUCAACACACCCGCUAUGUAUGUAGCCAUUCAGGCUGUAUUGUCAUUGUACGCCUCCGGUCGUACCACUGGUAUUGUGUUGGAUUCCGGUGAUGGUGUCUCCCACACUGUACCCAUCUAUGAAGGUUAUGCCUUGCCCCACGCUAUCUUGCGUUUGGAUUUGGCUGGUCGCGAUUUGACCGACUACUUGAUGAAGAUCUUGACUGAACGUGGUUACUCUUUCACCACCACCGCUGAACGUGAAAUCGUUCGUGACAUCAAGGAAAAAUUGUGCUAUGUCGCCUUGGACUUUGAACAAGAAAUGGCCACCGCUGCCUCCAGCUCCAGCUUGGAAAAGAGCUACGAAUUGCCCGAUGGUCAAGUCAUCACCAUUGGCAAUGAACGUUUCCGUUGUCCCGAAGCCUUGUUCCAACCUUCCUUCUUGGGUAUGGAAGCCUGCGGUAUCCACGAAACCACCUACAACUCCAUCAUGAAGUGCGAUGUUGAUAUCCGUAAGGACUUGUACGCCAACACUGUCUUGUCUGGUGGUACCACCAUGUACCCUGGCAUUGCCGAUCGUAUGCAAAAGGAAAUCACCGCCUUGGCUCCAUCCACCAUGAAGAUCAAGAUCAUUGCUCCCCCAGAACGCAAAUACUCCGUCUGGAUCGGUGGUUCCAUCUUGGCUUCCUUGUCCACCUUCCAACAGAUGUGGAUCUCCAAGCAGGAAUACGACGAAUCCGGCCCCUCCAUUGUGCACAGAAAGUGCUUCUAAGCGGUUUCUUCUUACAAUCAAAAAUAUACACCACUGCUGCCUCGACACCUGCAUCAUCAGUUGUAUGGUGGCUGUUGAUGCUGCUAUGGUGUAUGUUCACGACGUCGUAGAAACCCUUUUAGUAGCUGCCGUAUUAGUCGUAGUAAUUAUAAGGAGAAGUUAAGAUCUAACAACAACAACAACAACAAGAGGAAAAAGAGGAGGUUUUUAUAUACACCACAAAAAGAGAAUGCUCUACUAAAGAAAUUUUCAUAUUUUUAAUGAAAAUUCUCUUUGGUCCAGUGUUUGAUAUGAUGUAAAGAAGAAGAAGAAGUAAUUCCAAAAAAAUCAUUUUUUUAAAGAAAACCAUACGUUCCACACACCUAAAAACCAACAACUAUUACACACAAGAGCAACAACAUACAUUUACAAGAACAUCCCAAAAACAAAACAAAAAUAAUUAAUUUGCAAAUUAUAAUAAUUUUUAUUAUUUUUUAUUUUAUUUUAAUUUUUUGAAAACAACUCGCAAAUGUAUUAUUAUUUCUUAAUUAUUAUUAUUAUAUAAUUAUAUAAAAAAGAUGAAAAAAAAACCCUAAACAAAA